GCUUUCUCUCUCAGAGCACUUCAUUUUCCACCCUAGGCAUCUCUUGGUAUGUUUCUGCCUUCUGCACUUUGGGCUAUUUUUUUUAGCUAGUUCCAUUCAUUGAACACUGUGGGCCAGGAUCAAGCAAGCUUCAGGUGAGGAAGGGGAAAUCAUUUAAAAGCAUCUGACAACCAAUCAGACAGAAGGAAGAAAGAGAAGUACAGAGGACCGGGUGUAAUUGAAAGAAAGGGAGGGAACAGAUCUGUGACCUCAUGUGACAUGUGACCUGGACUCCACCAAUGGAACGGUGGGUUGGGUGAGAAGCAGAAUCGCCGCGGGAGCUGUGACCAGACGUGAGACUGACAGUCCAUCACCACGCCGAUUACCACGACAAGAGAGACACACACCUGAACGUCCAAAACCUGAAACCGACAGCGUCUGCCAUACUGUCACAGGCUGUAGCUGCAGUGGUUCAGAGGGCAGCGCUGGUGCAGGAUCUGGCCCUUGUGGACAUCACACAUGGCUUCAAACAGCAUCUUUGACUCUUUCACUAAUUACUCCACUUUACUCAGAGACCCGACCACCACCAGACGGUUCACGCCGCCCUCCACGUCGUUCCCGUGCGGGAAGCUCGGCGGCGGCAGUGACGGCAGCGCGGGCGGCGCGAGCAGCAUGAGCGCGGCGGGUCCUCUGAGGUCGCGGCAUGCGGCGGACACGCGCUCCGUGGUGGACGUGCUGGCGGACCACGCUGGAGAGCUCGUGCGCACCGACAGCCCCAACUUUCUGUGCUCCGUUCUGCCUUCACACUGGCGCUGCAACAAAACCCUUCCAGUGGCCUUCAAGGUGGUGGCUCUCGGUGAUGUUCCUGACGGUACCCUGGUCACUGUCAUGGCAGGAAACGAUGAGAACUAUUCGGCCGAGCUGAGGAACGCGUCCGCCGUCAUGAAGAACCAAGUGGCCCGUUUCAACGACCUGAGAUUUGUUGGAAGAAGCGGCAGAGGAAAGAGUUUUACUCUGACAAUCACUGUGUUCACCGGACCCCCUCAAGUGGCCACGUACCACCGCGCCAUCAAAGUCACAGUGGAUGGGCCACGAGAGCCUAGACGUCACCGAGUGAAGCUUGAGGACUCUCAGAAGAUUCAGUUCAGCGAUCGGCUGAGUGAGAUGGAGAGGUAUCAGCGCCCCAGCCUGAGGAUGGGCAUCGGCAAUGGUACUGCCCGGCCCCCACACCAGAGCCAUUACAGCACCUCUACUGCCACCCAAAUACCAGGACUGUGGCCUGAGCAGAUCGACGCGCCUCAAAUCAAACCCUGCAAAGUGGAGGAUGACAUUCGCUGGUCAAGUACAGAUCUGUUCCAGCAGCGCACCACGUUCCCGUCCCUGUCUCCUCUCACAGCGCCGCGGUUCUCUGACCCUCAUAUGCACUACCCCGGCCCCUUCACCUACUCCACCAACCCAUCCAGUGCGGGCAUCGGGGGUCUCAGUGUGACAGGUGUUCCCACCUCCACCCGCUACACACCCUACCUGCCCCCGCCGUACCCCGGAAACCAGAACCAGAGCUCGCACUUCCAGACCAACUCGUCCCCCUACCACCUGUACUACGGCACCGGAUCAGGCUCCUACCAGUUUUCCAUGGUUCCUGCAGGCAGCACUGCCGGAAGCACGGUCGGAGAGCGUUCCCCCACCCGCAUGCUGACUUCCUGCACGGCGGGAGGCGGAGCUUCGGGGUCAGGAGGCGGAGCCGGCGGCCUGAUCGGCGGCAGCGAUGGCGUAGAGGCUGACGGCAGCCACAGCAACUCCCCAAGUGCCAUGAGCACACCAGGACGAAUGGACGAGUCCGUCUGGAGGCCUUACUGAGAAAAGAAAGAACAACGACAGAAGAGUUGCAUGUUUCAGUCAACUUUGACGCCCUCCAUUUUGAGUUGCUUUCAUUCUUCUCAGAGACGGUAUCAUUCAGUUGUUUAAAUAUUGUACAAUGUAUUUCACAAGGCUUUGUGUGCUUUAAGACUGAACUGAGCGGAGAAAGAACAGCGAGAAAAAAAGCUCUUCUGAAAAAAAAACAGACUCUGAAAGACUGACGUUUAGUUUUAUUCUGUAACGAGAGCAGCUGGAUGAUGAUAGCAGGAGUUCAAUGGCCAAGCAACAAAAAAAUUACACUUCAGGAAGUUCAGAGAAUGACCUUUAACCUUUGGCCAGGUCUCAUGAUUAAAGAAACCCUGAAGACAUGCUGUAUUGGGCCAAAGUGAUUGAUUUCUCUUUUAUUUAUGGCUCCAAUCAGGUUUUACCUUUUGACGGUACAGCAUUGAUAUUCAGCGUACAAAAAGAAUGAAAUUUUUGAUCUUUGUCUCCACCAAUCAUGAACAAUUUGUGUAUGAACAGUUUUUAUUAUUACAGUAAUUAUUUUUUUUAAUAUUGUUUUUAUUUUCUUUUUUGUUUCCAGCCAUUAUUUGUCUAAACUAAGUAAUAUGGUUUGGGUUUCUUUAAUUUAUUUGAGCCAUGAUUUGAGCUAUGAUUAUCUUUGAUGUUUCCAGGUCAAAAAAAGCAUUUAUCUUUUUUUUCUGUUUGUUUGUUUAGUUGUUUUUUUUUUUUUUUUGUUUUUUUUUGCUUUUUCUUUGUUUUAUUUUUCAUUUCUAUGAUUUAAUAUAAGAUUGCAAGUCAUGCUACUGUAAUAUAUUAUUUCUAAAUUAUGAAAUGGUUUUUCACAAAUUUUAAAUGUAAUGUAUUUUUUUCCUAUGUAGCUCCAAUGCACUAAAACAUUCUAUUAAAAAAAAAAAAAAAAAAAAAAAAAAAAAA